AUGAAAGGGAACUUGUGGAAAAUACUGAGUCGAAGGGAACACAGGGAGACACAACUGUUAUGGUCUCUCUUGGGUAUCUGUUUUCUUUCCUCGGUGCUCGGGUACAAACCGGUGGUUAUCGUUCACGGACUUUUCGACAGCUCCGCCGACUUCGUGAACUUGCUGCGUUUUAUAAAUCAGUCUCAUCCAGGUACUAAUGUGUCGGUGAUAGAUCUGUUUGACAGAACUGCCAGUUUGGAGCCACUAUGGAAACAGGUGGAGGGCUUCAAGGAAGCCAUCUAUCCCAUAAUGCAAAACGCGGCAGAGGGCGUCCACUUCAUCUGCUACUCGCAAGGAGGACUGAUAUGUAGAGGGAUCCUCUCUACACUUCCAGACCAUAAUGUCCACUCCUUCAUAUCCCUUUCCUCUCCCCAGGCUGGGCAGUACGGAGACACGGUCUACCUGAAGUAUCUCUUCCCAACAUUUGUCAAAGCCAACUUAUACCACCUGUGCUACACGGCCGUCGGGCAGAAAAUAUCCAUCUGCAAUUACUGGAAUGAUCCCCAUCACAGGGACAUGUAUGUCAAUAGCAGUGAUUAUCUGGCCCUGCUGAACAGUGAGAGACCUAACCCAAACGCCACAGUUUGGAAAAAUAACUUCCUGCGCAUUAAGAAAUUAAUCCUGAUUGGUGGACCAGAUGAUGGGGUGAUCACACCAUGGCAGUCCAGUCAGUUUGGUUUCUAUGACGAUAAUGAGACGGUGAUAGACAUGAAGAAUCAAGAGAUGUUUCUGAGGGACUCCUUCGGGUUGAAGACGUUGUAUGCUCGCGGUGAUCUCGCCCUUUGUUCUUUAGCAGGAGUGGAGCAUGUCAUGUGGCACUCAAAUGAGACCGUCUACAAAACUUGCAUCGAGAAAUGGCUGAUAUAGAAUACACACACUUACUCACACUCUCUCUCUCUCUCUCACUCACACACAUACACACGCACAUAAGCCUCCAUACAACUUUUAGAACAACUUGAUAGUGGAGUGCAUAAUCUUACGGAUUUUAUACACACAUCAGUCUUGUUCAUCUGUGUUUAUAUUGCUGCUGCACAGAGACACAGGCUUUUAUCAGCACUCACCUCUGUGUGAGUGAAUC